AUGCCAGGAGAUAUGGAACCAAUGAGACCGAUGGAACACCUGGCCUACCAGAACCACUUGAUCCAUCAACUCAGAUAUUACAGGAGAGACCAGGAAUUAAACUCUUAUUGGUCCUCCAGGACUACAAAGAAUACCUGGACCAAUGGGACCAAAAAAUCACCAGGACCACCGAGUAUUGGUGAGCAAGGAUUUCUAGGAGUUCCAGGUUGCUGUGAAAGAUUGCAUCCUGUAGAUUCCGAGCGGAUCUCGAAUCAUUGUAUGAAACCAAGCCGCGAAAAUGGUCAAAAAAAAAAAAAACUAGAACCCAUCGAUGUAGCCGAAGAAGCGGGAAAUGAUCAAAGAGGAGAACAGGAAUAUGUAAAGGAG